AUCAGUGUGACCCAACUUUAAGACAACAUAUUGUAGUAGUACAUGACUACAAUCUUAACAAGGUACAAGAUAAGAAACUUAGGGCAACUUAAAAAGGAAACACCGCUCAAUACGGUCAGUUAUAACGUUAGCAGAGAUACGAACAAAAUGAAGGGAUUUUUGGUGAUCACCGCCUCGGUAAUAUUGUUAGCUCACCCAUUGGUUGGGUUGAAAUUACCAUCUUUAAAGGCGGAUUUGAAGUUCGUAACAAAAGACAUUUAUAAGCCAAUAGUUCAAGGGGAGAAAGUUGGGUUUGACAAAUGUAAAACUUGCAUCGACUUCGCAGGCCAAGCUUUAAACCAGCUCCUUAACAUCAAUUUAGAGGGCGGUGUUGUGGGUGGCUGUGCUGAUCUUUGUGGUGCUCUCGCCUCAAAAACGUCGCCAGCGGUCGGAGAAGUUUGUAAUUUACUGUGUGACAUUGUCGGCAUUGAAGAAUUCAUCAAAAUUAUACAAAAAGCUGACCUUGACCCUAUCUACUAUUGUGAGUUAAUUCCAGUCUGCCCAAUAAAUGACAAUGGUGAUGCAUCAUUCACCUCGUUCACAUGUACACCAAAAUCUGGACCACAAGGUACAUUUUCCAUUGAUUUUGCCUACACAUCAAAGAAUGGAACAGGUACAGGAGAAAUUUCUCUAGAAGUUGUCACAGUCGAUGGUGUCCCACUUGGUCAAAGUUUCUACCAUGCUCUAGCACAAGCUGGGGAUUAUACUGGCCAGUUCCAGCUGAAUGCUAAACCAGAUCCAAAUUGUGAUCCAUCCCAAGGUCCAUGUGAAGAAUGGCUACCAGGAGACUACACUGUUAAAAUGGCCAUAUGUAAUGGUGAAUGUGGCAGCAAACAUCCACACAGCGCCAUCUACGACGAGGAUACAACAACUUUCACAAUCACUCAGUAAAAACACCAGUGUGUUAAUGUGAUAGACUAGUAUUAUGUAAAGUUACACACAAGAUAAUUAUGUUUAGAUGUGUAGAAAAUAAAUGAAUUUUGAUACA